ACACACACGCACAGUGCAUGCAUAUGCAUCUUCCCCUCCCCAAUCCUACUUCAUAUCACACCACUACCUAUUUUGUGCUUCUUUUUAUCUACGUUAUCAUAAUCAUCAGUCUCUUUUUUUCCAUUUUCACAGAGGUGAGAAUGAGAUGGUCUAUUAAAAUUCAAAUUUCAAUCUUCCAGACAAAGAAAACCUCUUUUUCUUUUAUCUAUCCCAUCUAUACUCACCUAUUCCUCCCCUCCUUUUACUUUAUCCCACCUCUAUCUCUAAUCCCUCUUUCUCUCUCCCCACCCAAAUGCCUUCAUUUUCGGUCGUAUUGAAAUAACCCUACAUUAAUAUAACAACAAAAAAUGUGAUUGAUAAUUACUUCUACGCUUCCAAUUUUCAGCCAUGGAUAUUGCUCCCAAGCUUCUCUUCUCACUUCUCCUCUCCACUCUCAUUCUCCACUCCUCUGCCUCAGGGGAAAUGCAAACUAUCCGUUGGAGCCGCAAACACACAACUGAGCACGACGCCACCUUCCCCACCACCACGCCGGUCACUGUCACCUCAACCAUUACACCUCCUGCGGCGCCGGUGAUCAACCCGGUCGUCUCCCCUCCAUCAAUCACCGGAGCUCCGCCCAUCACCAUCACCCCUCCUGCGGCGCCGGUGACAAAUACCCCCGCCGUGGCCGCUCCGCCGACCGCCACCGGUGCGCUGAGAUGGUGCGUGGCGAAGAGCGGAGCGCCGGAAAAGAGCAUUCAGGCGGCGCUGGAUUACGCCUGCGGGAUCGGCGGAGCGGAUUGCUCCACAAUUCAGCAAGGCGCGAGCUGCUAUAACCCUAACACGCUCCAAAACCACGCCUCCUACGCCUUCAACAGCUACUACCAGCGGAAUCCCCUCCCCACCAGCUGCGAUUUCGGCGGCGCCGCCGCCCUCACCACUUCAAAUCCAAGCUCCGGUUCAUGUGUGUACGCAGCAUCAGCCACGACGGUGACGCCGGUGAGCACUCCCCCCGCCACUGUAUCCCCACCGACGACGACAGCGCCGCCGAUUAGCGUAUCUCCGCCGACGACGACGGCGCCGCCGAUUAGCGUAACUCCGCCGACAAUUGCGUCUCCGGUGACGGUGAAUCCUAAUCCGACACCGACUACGACUACACCGCCAUUAUCAACCGGAGCAUCACCGACACCGACAGGAUUAGGCAUACCUCCGAGCAUAUUGAAUUCGAGCAAUCCUGGUAUGGGAGGCGCGACGGCGGGAUUCGGAAUCGGAGAUGGAUCUCCGGUGGCCAACAUGAGCACUGCUGUUUCAGGAUCUAGCGGGAUAGAGCCGUUUGUGGGGUGCAUUGUUGCGGUUGCAGCCAUCGUAGUGUUGGGGAUGUAGAAGAAGGCCGUUGCAGAUUGCUCUACCGUCCGUGGAGAUUUUGAACCGAUCAAUUGGAUGCUACCACGUGUAUUUUUUAAACUAGCCUACAUAUGAUAUUUAUGCAUAUGCAACAUUGAGAGAUUAGGAUUUGGUUUCCAUUAAUGAUAGAACUAAACUCUACUAGUUUUGUGUAGAAAUAAUUACUACUAGAACUAGUACUUGUUAUCACCAUUCACCUCCCUCUGUUCUUGACUUGCAUUGUAUAAUAAUUACAAUACCAUCUCCAAGUUUUCUCA